UCACUUCUCGCCUUUGCUCGCCUCCCGCCUCCCCCCCCCUCCGUGCAAACAAAGAGUCCGUCCGAGACCCUUUUUUUCUCUCCCAAUGCCCUUCUCUUGCCAACUCCCAUCGACCCACGAUGGCUACUAUCGAGCCGCGACUCAUUCAUCUGCUGAACGAAUCAACUGCUACACCACGGCCUCACCAUGCUGAGCUCCCGCCCAUCAAAGUCCUUCCUCUGCCCAAGGCGUCCGGUCGUCUCCAUCCUAUCGGGCCCGAUGCUGGUCAGAGAUCCGAAGUGCCGGACACAAAUCUAGGUCAAUUAGCUUCGCAGUCUAUGCCCUCGCUGCAUGCAGUCGUAGACGAGGCUACCAUCACGAAUGCCUCCUUAAGGACCGACAUUAGUCAACCAUCGGAUCGAACAUUACUAAGUCAUAUAUCGUCCCAGGAUCUGCGCAUGAUACUAGAUGACACGCCAGAUAACAUCGAAGACCUUGGAAAAAAGAGACGACCAGUAAAGGAAGACUUCGUGCAGCUACCGCAACCGCUCAAGAAACAGAAAGCGGCUACUCAACAGCAUAUGUUUCCACCAAUUAUAGUAGGAUUGCUCGAGCCACCAUCCGAUGCUUCUCUUUUCCCGCCAAUUUCUUCCGGAUCGUUCGAUAAUCGUCCGCAUUCCGAGCCUCCGCAAGCUCUUAGUAUUACAAAGCCGCCCGAAACAUCAGAACCGGUUGAAGAGAAGACGAAUCCCAGCCCCCCAUCCGAACCCGAACGAACGCCAACGGGGAAAGUUAAGCGACGGGCUGCUAAGCCGCGACGAAAAUGGUCAGAAGAAGAAACCAAUCACCUAUUGCUGGGUGUGAGCAAGCAUGGUGUUGGAAGAUGGACAGACAUCUUGGAAGACCCUGAUUACAGAUUCAACGACCGGACUGCGGGUGAUCUAAAAGACAGGUUUCGGACUUGUUGCCCCGAAGAGCUCCGAGCAAGCCCGUCAGCUAGAGGCGACAUAUCCCGAGAGAAGCAGCCCAGCGUAAAGGCUAAGGGGAAGCCCACGAAGGGUCUCAUGUCCGAAAAUAUUCUUAACGAGACAGAAGAAGAGAUUGAAAUCGAGCAGGCGCAAUCGGCCCAGAACGAUUCUGAUCCUACGCCCCAGAGACAACGGAAGAGUAGAGCCCAUCGUAAGAAAAUGGAAGAUUUAGUAGAGUUGGGCAUCAGAGGACCGUUCAAAAAGUCACAUCGGAGAGAGCGACGUCCAUUUUCUGAGCAGGAUGAUAGGGAGAUACUGGAAGGUUUUGAGCUAUACGGGCCGCAGUGGACCAAGAUCCAGAGGGAUCCAAGAUUUAACUUAUCUAGUAGGCAGCCGACCGACCUACGAGAUCGGUUACGAAAUAAGUACCCCGAGAAGUUCGCAGGUACAGAAAAGACGGCCAUGCAAGUUAGAGAGCCUGGACAGCCAGGACGAAGCAACAACCUAUUAGAGCCUUCUGUCAAUAUGGCAAUCGAUAAUUCACUACAUGUUUCUAAGUCGGCUUUGCUCGAACCCCAACUUAACCGAACCAACUCGAAGGAAGAUAUGCCAAAGUGGCCGUUGCCUUCCAGUCUCAUUGAAACAGGAGAUUCGUCCCAACAACCUCACCAUAACCUUUACUGGAAUGAAGGCACAGGACCCGGAUUUGGGUCUAGUAGUAUGGGAGAAAUGGACAUAUCACGCCUCCUCCUCGAUGACACGCAGGUUACAAGUGAGCCGCCUUCAGAGAGACGUGGUCCAGGAUGAAAUCACCUGGUUAUGUCGAAGGAGGCAUCAGAACACAAAGUAGUGAAUUCCUUUGAAAGGGAACUAAGAAAUUGUGACGAUAGGCACACAUAUGGCUA